AUGGGCUGGACUAUGACUUUAAAGGACGACUUUAGGGUCACUGCCUGGGCACGGGGAACUCGGAACUACAUUCGUUUGUUGAUCCUCUUGUCAUUUUUAUUCAUCGAAAUCCGAUCGGAUAUGGUGUUACAUAUGGAUCAUCAGUUCACAUGGAAAACAGGCCAGUGGGGUCAUUGCAUGGGUGACGACUGUGGUUCCGGUGGAGUUCAGACCAGAAUGGUCUGGUGCAUUCACAUAGAGGGUUGGACGACCCACCACUCUCACUGCAACCACAUCGACAAACCCGAGAGUAGGCGGCAUUGCUUUAAGGUUUGUGAUUGGCACCAGGACCUCUUUGAGUGGGAGCUGUCUGCCUGGGAAAACUGUGCACUCGUCCCUUUUUUUUCCAACGAGCUCAAGCUGAGGACCACAGAGUGCAUUACUGCACAGCAUGGACUCCAGAGACGCAAAGUGCGGUGUGUGCGCACUUUCAACCGCACUGCGGUCACUCCAAGGAUAUGUGACUUCUUUUCCCAGAGACCACCGGUGGAGCAGGCGUGUCUCAUUCCCUGCCCGCAGGACUGCGUCGUUUCAGACUUCACUUCAUGGUCAGGUUGCAGUAAGACAUGCGGCAACGGCCUGCAGCAUCGGACUCGACAUGUUCUGACCACGCCAAUGUAUGGUGGCGCCAAUUGCCCCAAUCUGACAGAAACCAGGACUUGUUCCGGCCCUGUUCCAUGCCCCGCUGGAGAGGACGAGUACCAGUAUAGCCUUAAAGUAGGAGCCUGGAGCGAGUGUAGGCUCCCCCAUCACAAAGACACCCUAUUAAACGGUCGGACCACUGUGGAUUUCAGCAGUAACAAAGCAAACAACACAGUAAUGUCACACAGACACCCCUCUCAUUUUCAUCAACACCAUCAUGAACAUCGUCACCACCGCAAACACCCGAUGUCGUGGGAGCUCGAGGUGGGAUACCAGACACGGCAAGUCCGCUGCACUCGGAGUGAUGGGAAGAACACAAUGCUGAGCCUCUGUACAAAGUACAACUCCCCUCUGACCUACCAAGCAUGUGUGAUGCCCAGAGACUGCCAAACUUCUGACUGGUUAUCAUGGAGUCCUUGCUCAAAAACCUGCCGCUCCACCGACCUGUCACCUGGUUACCGUCUACGGUCACGAGUUGUGACACAGAUCCCGCUGAGCGGUGGGAAACAAUGUCCUGUCCUUGAGGAGAAAGAAGCCUGCAACAUUAUAGGGGAUUUACUUCCAAACUGCCCAAGGUAUGAAUGGAGAACCACUGACUGGGAUGAGUGCCUGGUUUCCCCUCUACUCAGCAAGCUGGACCGGCGUCUUGCUAACAUCAGUAGUCUCUGCGGAGGGGGUGUGCAGACCAGAAAAACCUACUGUGUUCAAGUUCCUGAUGAGUCAACUCCACAUCACAGGAAGGAGGUGUCAAGACCUGUGACUGCCAAACUGUGUGCGGGUCAAGAAGCUCCCUUGGCCGUCAAGAACUGCUCCAUUCCCUGCCAGCACCGCUGCCUACUCUCCCACUGGUCGCCUUGGGGCUCCUGCAGACAUGACAACUGCAAAGAUCCACAGGGAAAGAAAGGUUUCAUACAAAGGAGAAGAGAGGUAUUGUGGACAUCCAGCAAUUCGCAGGAUGUCUGCCCUCAUCUCGUGGAGUUCAUUCCUUGUGAGGACCCCGCUUGUUACCUGUGGCAUGUUCAGCAAGGAAAAUGUAGGCCUACCAAAAGUACCUGUGGUCCUGGAACUCUGGUCCAAAGCGUGACGUGUGUCAGUACAGAAGGUGAGGAUGUGCCCACGACUUACUGCGCAGAAGACCCUCCACCAACUGAGGCAUCCUGUGAAGUGGCUUGUCCUGCAGAUUGCGUUGUCAGCAUCUGGUCCUCUUGGUCUCCCUGCUCCCACAGUUGUGCCUCGAAAACUGCAGAUGGCCGUCAAAGCCGCACACGCACUGUGUUGGCACUCCCAGGAAAAGAGGGAAAAGAGUGUCCAGGAGCUCCAGCUUUGGAAGAGUGGAGAGUUUGCAAUGACCAUCCUUGCCUGGUGUUCUACUGGGAGGCUUCAACAUGGGGGCCAUGCAUUAUCGAUCGUUCGAUAAUCAACCGAACUAACUUCUGGAACAGCACGGAUUCCUGUGCAAUGGGAGUUCAAAUUCGAAAAGUCACCUGCAUGAAGAUGAAUGGUGGAUCUGUCGUGAACAAAAGAUGUGCGGAUUCUGCUCGUCCAGAAACAGUCCGGUCCUGUGUUCUUCCCUGCAUGGAAGACUGCAUUGUGACACCCUUCAGCGAAUGGACGGCCUGUCCAUCAACCUGCACGCCAGAGAAUACCACCUCUGCCACACAGUCUCGGCACCGGACUAUCAUUCAAAAGUCUGCUAAUGGAGGUCAAGAGUGCCCCGACACACUUUAUGAAGAGCGGGAAUGUGAAUCACACCCAGCAUGUCCAAUUUACCGGUGGAGGAUACACAAGUGGCACGCCUGUACAUUAGUUCCCGAGUCUGUCCAACGUAGCUUAUCUCAAGCAGCAGAAACUUGUGGAAAUGGGUUAGAAACAAGAGGUCUCAGUUGCGUCGGAGAGAACGAUGAAGCAGCCAACCUGACAGAGUGCCUACGCUGGGCUGGUCCUUUGCCCGCUCAGAUUCGAGCAUGUCGAGUGGCUUGCAAGGAUGACUGCGCUCUAACAGCUUGGUCCAAGUUCUCUGAAUGUGCAGGAUGUGGCAGCUUCCAAAGUCGCAAGCGCUCGCUAACAGGUCGCAGUAAAAAGAAGGAACAAUGCCUGAAUGAGGCUUUAUACCCGCUGGAAGAGAAAGAGACUUGUCCCUGCCAGGAGUACUUGUCCCAACCUUUCGGGAACUGGUCUGAUUGCAUUCUCCAUGAACCUUCCACUGCGGGCUCGCUGCACGGUUGGAUGAGCGCCCAGGAAGUGAAAGAGUGUGGUCAAGGUCUACGCUACAGAGUUGUGGCUUGCAUUGAUCAGCACGGACGCCUGGUGGAGCCUACUCUAUGUACAGACACCGGCUACAUGGUGGAGGAGUGCCAUAUCCCAUGUCCCCUGGACUGUAAGCUCAGUGACUGGUCCACUUGGUCUGCCUGCAGUACAUCAUGUGGAGGUGGGCUGAAGGUCAGGUCCAAGUGGCUGAGGGAGAAGGCUUUUAAUGGAGGACGUCCAUGCCCUAAACUGGAUCUAAAGAACCAGGCUCAGGUAAAUGAAGCCGUGCCAUGCCACAGUGAUUGCAGCAAAUACAAGUGGAGGGCAGAGCCCUGGUCCAUUUGCACAAUCAACACGGUGGGAGACUCGCCAUCGUGUGGGGAGGGAGUCCAAAGCCGAAAGAUCAGGUGUGUGAAGGGAACAAGUGGGGAAGUCAGCACUGUUGAUGACAGUCAGUGUGAUCAAGAGGAAAUGCCACCGAGAGCUCAAGUCUGCUUUCUGGCCUGCCACAAUGACUGUGUCAUGUCACCCUGGGAACCUUGGAGAAACUGCCCAAUGCAAUGUGAUCAAGGCUCGGAGAGAAACAGAAGUAGACAUAUCCUACGCCUUCCUGCUGUUGGAAGCGCAGCCUGUCCAGAUACGGUGCAGUCAGAAAGUUGCAUCCUGAACAGCACCUGCUUCACUUAUCAGUACAAAGUCUCAGAAUGGAGUACAUGUCGACUGAGUGAAAAUGCCAUCUGCGGUCGAGGUGUCAGACAACGACUUCUCGACUGCAUUCGCAUUGAUGGAAAAAUUGUGGACUUGCAAAAGUGUGAGCAGUUUGGGCUAGUCAAGAACUGGAAGUUGGUGGAAAACUGUGUGGUCGACUGUCCGGUCAGCUGUGUCCUCUCUGAUUGGUCAACAUGGGGUGAAUGCUCGCACACCUGUGGUAGCCAAGGGCAGUUUGUGCGUACUCGGAGAAUCUUGCGGGAAGCUCAUGAAGAAGGUCGACCUUGUCCCAACCAGCUCAUCCAGACAAAGCCAUGUCCGAUAAAUCCUUGCUACAUGUGGCAGAUAAGCAACUGGUCCCCCUGCACCAUAGAGGGUGCAGAGUGUGGCGAGGGGUAUCGGAGAAGAAACUUAUCGUGUGUCACCCACAAUGGCAACCUGACAGAGUCUCCUCCUUUGCCAGUGGCAGACAAGUUUUGCGGCGACAAGCUGAGAAAGGCAAUCCAACAGGAUUUGGAGCAGCCAUGUUUUGUUCCUUGUCAAGGAGACUGCCAUUUGGCUGAGUGGUCAACUUGGAGCUCUUGCCAAUUGACUUGUGUGGAGGGGCGGAGCUUUGAAAGCAUAGGACGUCAAUCCCGCUCCAGAGCGGUGAUCAUUCAAGUUACCCAGAACCAGGACACCUGCCCACAGCAAAUCUUUGAGACGCAGCCAUGUAAAGGAGGCCAAUGCUACAGUUACCAGUGGAGGACAGGAGGAUGGAGCAAUAAUGAGAGAGCAGUGUGGUGUCAACGCUCGGAUGGUGUCGUUGUCACAGGAGGGUGUUUCCCACAGAAAAGGCCGAGCAUGAUCCGGCACUGCCAUCCACCGUGCACCAAGCCCUUCUCGCACUGCACGUCGAGCGGCGUUUGUGGGUGUGAGAAGGGUUACACCGAAGUCAUGACUACAAAUGGCUUCCUGGACUACUGCACUCGAACCCCGGGAGUCGACACCAAUAAGAAAGCUGAUGUGAAAACCAACUCGGGAAGAUUAAAACCAUCUCGGGCCCGAGACCGCCACACAGAGUGGACCUUACGACCUGUUGGGCCAGAUGGAAGGGUAAAGCUGUGGGUUUACGCCGUGACUGCUGUCGGAUUCAUCUUAAUACUCUUCGUUAUUGCAUUCUCAUUCCUGGUCUGUAAACCAGACAAAAUAACAAAGACGUCUCCUCCGCCACAGAAGCCUUUGACCCUGGCCUACGAUGGCGACAUUGAUAUGUAA